AUGACGGGCCCGCGGGGCGCGCGGGGGGCGGCCGGCCCCGCGGACGCCAGCGCCGACGAGUGGAUCCGCAAAGGCAGCUUCAUCCACAAGCCGGCGCACGGCUGGCUGCACCCAGACGCCAGGGUCCUGGGGCCCGGGGUCUCCUACAUCGUGCGGUACAUGGGCUGCAUCGAAGUCCUCCGCUCCAUGCGCUCUCUGGAUUUUAACACUCGCACCCAGGUGACCAGGGAAGCCAUCAACCGGCUCCAUGAGGCAGUGCCUGGCAUCCGGGGCUCCUGGAAGAAGAAGGCCCCGAACAAGGCGCUAGCCUCCAUCCUGGGCAAGACCAACCUGCGCUUCGCUGGCAUGAGCAUCGCUGUGAGCAUCUCCACCGACGGCCUCAACCUGUCCGUGCCUGCCACGCGCCAGGUCAUUGCCAACCACCACAUGCAGUCUAUCUCCUUUGCGUCGGGAGGUGACACGGACAUGACUGAUUAUGUGGCCUACGUAGCCAAGGAUCCCAUCAACCAGAGAGCCUGCCACAUCCUGGAGUGCUGUGAGGGCCUCGCCCAGAGCAUCAUCAGCACCGUGGGCCAAGCCUUCGAGCUGCGCUUCAAACAGUACCUGCACAGCCCCCCCAGGGCGGUCCUGCCCCCGGAAAGGCUGACCAGGCCCGAGGAGUCGGCCUGGGGGGACGAGGAGGAAACGGAGCACAAUUACUACAACAGCAUCCCAGGGAAGGAGCCGCCCCUGGGUGGGCUGGUGGACUCCAGGCUCGCCCUAACUCAGCCCUGUGCCGUCGGCGCCCUCGGCCAGGGCGUAUCGCCUGCUCGAAGGGACACCCGCAGUCUGCCGUGGGACCUGGGCCCCUCAGGCCCACCAGGGGAUGGCUACGUGCAGGCUGAUGCACGGGGCCCCAGAGACUAUGAGGACCACCUGUACGUCAACACACAGGGUCUGGAUGCCCCAGAGCCCCUGCAGCCGGAGGACAGCCCCAAGAAGGACCUGUUCGACAUGCGACCCUUCGAGGACGCUCUGAAGCUGCACGAGUGCUCUGCGGGGGCGGGGGCGGCGGUAGCGCCCCUUCCCCUGGAGGACCAGUGGCCCAGCCCCCCCACCCGCCGGGCCCCCAUCGCCCCCACGGAGGAGCAGCUGCGGCAGGAGCCCUGGUACCACGGCCAGAUGAGCCGAAGGGCCGCAGAGAAGCUGCUUCGAGCCGACGGGGACUUCCUGGUGCGCGACAGCGUCACCAAUCCCGGGCAGUACGUCCUCACAGGCAUGCAUGCGGGGCAGCCCAAGCACCUGCUACUUGUGGACCCUGAGGGCGUGGUGCGGACGAAGGAUGUGCUCUUUGAGAGCAUCAGCCAUCUGAUCGACUACCACCUGCAGAAUGGGCAACCCAUCGUGGCGGCCGAAAGCGAGCUGCAUCUGCGCGGCGUGGUCAAACGCGAGCCCUGAGCCAGGUGAUGGUUCUCAGCUCCCAGCUCCUGUCCUGCUCCGCAGAUGCCCCUGUUGUGGCCUUACGGGCUCCUCAGCCUCUCCCUCCGGACCCUGGUCAGGCUGGAACCGCCACUGUCUCUCCUUCCCCCGCAUAGGCCUCUCUCCAGCCGUCCCUGGGCGGGGUCAACAAGGCCAAGAAAUGGGGGCCCACCACCCCUUUAUCCUGCUGACGCCCUGCCUGCCUCCACCCUCUGCCUGGAGUGAGGGUGUCCAUACCAAAGACAGAACCUUUUCUCACCUCUAAAGAAAAUACAUUAAAGACAAGCAGUCCUCCAUCUCCAAGCCCUGGCCAGGGCCCCCGAUGGGUUAAGGAGGCCCACCUCUUUUCCCAGAUGGACUUCAGCUUCUCUCCCUGGAAAGAGGGAUUCCUGUCCUUGACUGGUUCAGUUUUUCCACCUGAAAAAUCAGUGCACAGUUGUCUUUUAUGGGGAAGAAUUGAGAUGCUUUGGGUCCUCAGGCCAGGGCACCUGCUGAUGUUGAAGGGGCGGGUAGCCUUGGGGCCCAGCUGGGAUGGGGGGCAUCCAGGCAAGGCCAGCACAACCGGCUCGGGGGUGGGGGGCGGUGGGUGGUUGUGGGACUCUGCCCUCCCGGCUGCCAACCUGCAUGGACAUUUGGGAUCUGCUGGUAACACGACCAUGAGGAAAUGAACCCACCUGCACAUUGAGAGGCCCUCUGGCUGGAAGGCUGAGGCCAGUGUCCCAGGGGCAGAGCCAAGGCCCACGGUGUGGCCUUUCGGGGCUGGAGGAUGUGGGGACUGGAGGGGGGGGGAGGGGGAAGAGGGCGCUGGGCCCGUGGGGCAGUGGUCUGCUGUCCAAGAACCCCCGGCAUCUCCCUCACACCUGUUUUUACCCCGAGAUAAAGCUUCCCCAACACCCCCGUCUUCCCCUUGGAAACAUCUGUAUUUCCUGAAUGCUGCAAACCUCUUUCAAGAUGCCCCUGCAUGUCUGGCAAAAAGUUCUUUUCCCUCCAAACUGCUCCUGACUUCCCCCCGAAUGUGGCCUGACUUCUCUCAGACCACCCCUGUCUCCGACAGAGCCCCUGCACACGGCUGUUGCUCUGCAGACCUUGCCUCACAUGAUUUCUGGGCUCUCCUUCCCAGAGACCGCCAUCUCUCCCGGAACCCCUCCUCUGGCCCUCCUGGAGAGGCCUCCCUGCCAGGGCCACACCCCUGCCCAGGGUCUGGAUCUCUGGGGAGACUGAGAGAUCCGAUGAGAUUUCUCUGCAGUCAGCAGGCCACACCCCCUGCCCUGGGGGAGCCUGGUGAGGGUGAGGGGAGCAGCCCACACCCUGCUCUGUCUGUAACCAGGGGGGAAAGCCGUCAAAAAACAGAGCCCGAGGAGACA